AUGAGCACGAGGCAGAUGCUCAUCAAUUUUGUCCCACCCGAGCCUCUUCAAGAUUCCGAGGCCAAGAAGGCAGCACGCGCUGAGAGGGACAGGGUUCGAAAGCAUGUGAUUGAUUAUUACGAGGAUAGGGACCAGGUCAAGGCAUGGAAUUUCCUGUCUCAGGUGGACUCGUUGAAGAACGGCCCUACGGAAGACAUGUUGAAAGGUUUCAGCGAAAUCGUCGCUGGUGACUUGGAAUGGCGAGGUGGAGUAGCGCAACAGGAUCUCGACUUUUGGACACUGGCGAAGGCGGAUAUGCCCUACUCUAUGUUCGACAGGAAAAGCGAGCAAAAGAAGACUUGGCAGCGGGGCGAGGCUGUCAAUAUGGUGCGUCAGUACCUCCGCAGCAUCGAAGAGCUACGUGCGAUAGGCGGUAUCACGGCACGCAAGCUCGACUUGAUGGGGAAUCUCCUGAAGGACUGCGAGAGAAUUGAACAAGAAUAUAAUGAUUCCGGGGCGUAUGCCAACGAAGAUCCCGAAUCGGAGCCCAUGUCGGAUCGCGUGGUUUGGGCCAUUGCCCAACUUACCGAAGCCGACUCGAGUUUCAAAUCCCUCCUGGAGCAUUACGAGACAGCGCUUAACGAGGUAUGUCCGCGCCCUUCUUCACGCCGCGUGUAA